AUGGCGACCGCGUCGCUGCUGAGCCGGGCGCAGUGGCUCCUGGUGGAGCACCCAACUGUGGCCUCGUUCCGCUGGCAGCCAGGUGUAGGAUCUAGGACACCGGCUAGAGGGGGGGCCGCGGCCGCCGUCAUCUGUGGCUACCUCGCCGCGGUGCUCGUCCUCCGCCGCCUUGUCCUGCCCCGCCUCCUGGCGCUGCCUCCGCCAGCUCUCCGCGCGACAUCCGCCGCCCACAACGCGGUCCUGCUGACGCUCUCCGCCGCCAUGGCCGCCGGGUGCGCGCUCUCGAUGGUCGCGACAGCGCCGGCGCCGCGGUGGGCGUGGCCCUUCUGCUUCCUGCCGCGGGGUGCCACGGAGGCGUCGGGGCCUGUCUUCUUCUGGGCGCACGUGUUCUACCUCUCCAAAGUGUACGAGCUCGGCGACACGCUGCUCAUCCUGCUCGCUCGCCCGCCGCGCUUCCAGAUUUCCCUUAGGCCCGGCGCUGUCACCGAGGAAGAGGAACGUCUGGUCCGAGCGCUGGAUGCGGAAGCCGUCGAAGGCAGCGAGCGUCAUGUCGGCCCGGAGCGCGGCGCCACGCUUCUAGAUGCGGUAGUUGUCGAAGGGCACGAUGCGGCCGAUGAACGGGAUGACGGAGGACUUGAAGUGGAAGGAGAUCUCCAUGUAGAAGUCACGGAUGCGGGAGAUCGGGAGGCGGAGAAGGAGGGGCGACGGAUGGAGUAG